ACUUGCAAACUAUUUCCAUUUAUUUAACUACGAAUGAAAAAUUUGUUACAGAUAUGUCUUUUCUCUUCAGGAACUCAUUAUUGAUUUGGAUACCCAUUGCCGUGAGCACAAAAAGUUGUUGAAUUUGGAACCACAGUUACUGGGACCAAGUACGAGGCUUAAAGCUCCCAACUUUGUUUGAUUUUCUGGGAGAUUUUCGAUCAAUUUGGUUUUCUUUUGUUGCUGAUCCAGAUGGUUUCCUGCUAGGAACUGUGUCUUGGUUCCUGACUCCUAUAUUCAGGUACCCAUUUGAUGGAUCUUGUUGAAAUUGAAGUUGCGACAUUCAUACGAUGAUUUUGGUUACUAGCUUUGAUUGCCGCGGAAAUGAAGGGAACUAUUGUUCCAGAGGAGAGCUUUCAAGUGUAAUAGUUGCUAUUUGCUAUCUUUCUUUCUCUGUUUCUUCUAUGCGAUGAGGCUUAUGAGUUAUCUGUAAAGUUGAGUUGAACUUCUUUGACCAAUGAAGAUGCUGCUGGUUUUCUAGCAUAUUGAUCAAUGAAAGUAUGCAUUAUUAGUGUUUUUAUCGGAUAUGAGUAGGUCUCCUUCCUUUAAAGUCAGAGAAGAACUUCUUCCCAGUCUUGAUCCUGAGUCUUUACAGAGAUGGAUAGUUGGUUUUUGUGCUAUAAGGUUUGAUCUUGAACAAGGCCAGCUUGUAGAACUAUGUUAUCCUCCUGGCUGUCUUACGAAUGAUGAGGAACUGGAGAUUGCAUAUAGUUCGUUUCCGGAUUCCAUUUCCCAGCAGCAAAACCGCUCAAGCAUUCAUGAUUCUAUCUUCUUUUUCCGAUUUCGUAGGCACCUCAAAUCUCAAUCCACUGAACUUGACAAGGACUUUUCUCCAAACUCCAUAGAUAAAAGUAAUGUUGGUGAAGAAUUAUCCAGUACAAGCAGUGCUGAUGUUUCUAAAUACAUGUAUGGUUUUGUCUUUAAUAGACAGAUACAUGAUGAGAGGCUAAAGCGAGGAGGGGAGCAGAAGUCUGUGGUCGUUUUGUCCCACAGUCCUUAUUCAAGUGUGUUUAGACCUUUAUUACAGAUUAUAGGUCCCUUAUAUUUUGACAUUGGUAAGGUAGCACUGGAGCAUAUUGCAGCUUAUGUUUCAGCAUGGCCUGCUCCUGUUCCUGGAAAGCUAAUGGAUCUUCCUAUUGGGAAUGAAACCCUUAAAGUGAACUUGCCACCUGUUCACUGCUUGCCCAUGGAAAAUGGAUUAUCUUUUGAUGAGUCUGCUUCUCCUGUGGCACCUUUACUUCCUAGUAAUCAGUCUAUUCCACAGGGUCUUUUUCAUGAUGCAGACAUUUUUGGUGCUUUCCGUGGCAUUUUAUUGCAGCUUUGGUUGUUAUGGGAGUUGUUAGUCAUUGGUGAACCAAUUCUGAUCAUUGCACCAACCCCUUCCCAGUGUUGUGAGGCCGUUGCCAGUCUUGUGAGUUUGAUUGCACCAUUACUAUGUAGUGUUGACUUCCGGCCUUAUUUUACCAUUCAUGAUCCUGAGUUUUCACACUUGAACUCAAUCCGGGAAGGGGAAACCUUCCCUCCAAUGGUUUUAGGGGUGACAAAUCUUUUCUUCCUUAAGGCUCUUCGGAAAAUCCCCCACAUUGUUUCUGUUGGAAGUCUCCAUACCAGUUCAAAUAGGGUUGCCCUUUCAACUAGGUCUUCUGCUGGCAAAGUUUCUGGUAGACCUGAUGGUGGGCUUCAGCAACUUUCCCUACAGAACCUACAGAAGUUUUCUCCUUCAAGUUUAUUGAAUGCAAUUAAGCUGCGGAGAGAUGGUCCUCUUUGUCUCAUGACAGAACAUAAGGAAGCCAUUUGGUCUACAUAUUCUGCCAUAACUAAGCCCGACACCUCUAUUUUAAAUAGGCUUGUAGAUGCUGGCAUGUCACCAAGAGUUGAGGAAUCAAUGUCAGUUGUUAACAAUGAGAUAUUACGGCGACAUUUCUUGGAGCUCACAACUAAUUUUCUGGCCCCUUUUGGUCCAUAUUUUAGGAUUAUAGCUCCAUUGGAAGGAUCUUCUCCUUAUGUUGAUCCUCCUUCUUUGCCUCCAUUUAGUGCUGAUGAAUUUCUUUCAAGUUUAUCAACCAGAGGCCCAGGGAAGUUCAUUUUGAAGAGAAUGAAGUCUAACUGGCUCAACUUCUACAGGCGGUUCCUGAAUGGACCCAACUUCAUGCCUUGGUUUCAGAGGAGGCGUGCUGUAGCUGAACGGGAACAAGAUAGAUUGUGGAGGCAUGCAAGAAUGAAAACUGAUAUGCAACAGCUUGUAUCUAAAAUGUCUGAGUUAGAAAUUGUGGAUUCCUUCAACGUUAUAGAGAAACUUCUACAUAGAGAAUUGCAGCUGCAGCAACCUGGAAACGGAGGUAUCAAUUAUACUGCAACUUGUGAGAAACUAAUGAGAGAUCUUCAAGCAGUUUUCAAUGCGCUUACAAAAGAUCUGCAACAAAUCAUGCUUUCAAAUCCAGAAAGGGCAUCCCUUCUGCAACGUAUUGUGAAUUGACAGUGCAUCCCAGUGAACAAACUGGGGACAUGUCUUCUGCAUCGCCCAAGUUAAUGGAAAAAGCAUGAAACAAGUGGUCUUCUUAUGGUCCUCAAAGACAUCCUUGAAGUCAUUUCCUCUGUCUGAGGGAACUUCUGUAACCUGACACAUCAAGGGUUGUGCGGUAACCGCAAUUUGAUUGAUCAAAUCCCCUUCAAGAAGCAGACAUAUGAAAUUGGCUCUCAACAAACUGUGGAAAUUGAUUUAUUUGAAACUUGCCAGGUUGUAUGUUCGUUUUAGCCUUUGGUUAUGAUCUCUAUUCCACAAGCUCUCUUCAAUUCUAAAACUCUCAAAUCUAUGCAGUAGAUUGUCUCUCAAGGAAAGAUUCAUUUACAGGGAUUGUAUCUUACACUGGCAGUUUCAAAUUGCUAUUUGCAAGUCCCUCUGCAACAUCCAUUUUCUUAGCAACAAAAAUAUUGAUACAAUGAUAUUAAUAAUACGGGGGCAAGUAUAAUGUGCAGAAUUUAUGUUUGAUUAAUCACUUCUGAGAGGCUUUGGAACUUUCAAAAGCUUAUGAAGGUGGAAUCUGUCUAACUCUCCCCCUUUGAAAAUUUUAACCAUUGGGUCAUACUUAGACAGAUUAUCAAGUAUAAACGGUUCAGAUUAUCAAGUAAUAUUAGAUAAAAUUAGAACAAGGACUGUGUAGCAUAAAAAAACUGAGUUGAAGCUAGACUUGGAAGUUGAUGACCUGUUUAAUCUGAGAGCACUUUUUCUGUUUUUAAUGAUUACAAAUACUUGACUUUGUUUUUA